GUUACACCCCGAAACUUCAUUGCGUUUCCAUUACAGACCCCUUCAGAACAUCCGCCAACACAGACACACACAGUCGUUUUCUCAUCAUAUACGCAGCAAUUCAACGGGAAGAAGAAGAAGAAGAAGAAGAAAAAGAGACGGGAGAUGAAGAAUUUGGUGUCGACUUCGUCUUCUUCUUCCUCUUCUCUUCCGGAAAAUCAGAAUAUUAAGUGUAAUAUUGGAUGCAUGUCUGGAAUUUUCUGCCUCUUUUCCAAUUAUAAUAGACGAUAUCGCCGCAAAUCCCUCACGUUUGGAAGACGGCAUCAAGAAAAGAGCCGUCCCUGUGAAGGCAGACAAACAGAAGAGAAGACGGCAAAACGGAAACCGAGGUUACGGAAAGAAGAAGAAGAAGAAGAAGCAAAGAUCGUGGAGGUAAGAUUGGUGUGCGGUGAGGUGCAGAGGAGUCCGACGCUGCCAGCAGAGAUGAGGCGUUCGGUGGAUUCGGAUGAUGAUGCCGCAGUUGCAGCCGAGAAGAGAAGGAAGCAGCUGGUUGGAGCGCUUGAGAAAUGUGACCGAGAUUUGAAAGCGCUUCAGAAUAUAAUCGACGCUGUUAAGGUUGCUGUUGGUGUUGAUUGCAAUCAUAAUUAUGAUGAUCUUCUCCAAUGUCGACAAGCGCCUAAAUCAAUCAUGAAGAAUAGUUAUAUGCCAAAUGCACCUACAAACUGCUAUGUGAAGCUCCAAUCUCACCGCCACCGCCACUCCAUCCAUCACUACUUCAGUUCUCAUGCCAAAUCCAACCAAUGCGAUUUCACUCACGGAGUGAUGUUCCAGCAGCAACAACAGAAAGAAGCAGGGGAAGACAUGGAAUGCGAUUCUGAUAAAUGGGUGGAAAAUGCUAGGCGGAUGAGAGGGAAAGCCAUGGUGGAUUGUGUAAAUGAAGUAUGUAAGGAUAUGGCUUGGGGUGAGAGCCGGGAGAUUGGAAGAGUAGGAUUAGCUUUACAAAAUCAUAUUUUAAAAGAUUUGAUUCAAGAAUUUCUUACUGAUCUCGUCGUCACUACUUCAACUACUAUUUCUUUACCAUUUGAUGCAUGUAGAAGAAGACUAUCCUUUUGAUUUAUUCAUAUUUUCUUCUCUUUUUCUCCAAUUUCCGAACAUGUUCUUUUAUUUUUUUUCAGGUGUCAUUAAUGUUUGUGUAUUUGGUUGAGUUUGGCAUGCUAUUUUCUCCAUUCUUUAUUGCUUGUCCGGGUCAUGCGUUGGGCAGGAGAGGGAUGGGGGUCAGAUAAGCCGAGCCAUGGCCCAUGUCAACGACUUCAAUAAGACUUUUAUGGGCCACAGCCUGUAAGAUGGCCUCCCGGCCCGAACUUUUGUGAAAUCGAUAUGACCCAGCCCGGUUGGAACCGAGCGGCCCAUUUUGACAGGGCCGUGGCGGGUCCAAGAAGGAAGGUCAAAGGGGUAAUUUUGCAAGGAAAAGUUGCAAUGGAUUCUUUCUAUAAGAGCGCCGAGGAAAAGUGCGGGAGGAAUUUGGGGGUCCCAACGUGGCAGUCAACG